AAGCGAGCCGCUGACCGCUCCGGCAGUAGGUUAGGUCGAAAGUUGUCGUCAGUGUCGUGCGGCCGUGUCCGGGAGGCAGGCUCUCUUUUUCUUUCUCUUUCUCUCGUGUUCAAAGCAUCGUGCACGAUCAUGCUCGAUCUUUUCACGAUAUUCAGCAAGGGCGGCAUAGUGCUGUGGUGCUUUCAGAGUACAUCUCAGAUUUUUGCGCCCAGUGUCAAUGCCCUGAUAAGAAGCGUCAUAUUACAGGAACGUACGGGAAAUCACAGUUUUGAGCAUGACUCCCUGCGACUACAGUAUAAACUCGAUAAUGAGUUUGAGCUGGUAUUUGUGGUGGCGUAUCAAAAGAUACUGCAGUUAUCUUAUGUGGAUAAGUUCCUGAAUGACAUUCAUCUAGAGUUUAGGGAUCGUUUCAAGAACGAUCUUGAGAACUCAAGCUGGUUUACCAACUUUGAAUUUGAGCAUGCUUAUCAUGUGGUGCUAGAGCGAGCUGAACACUGGUCACGCUCACAGGCUAAGAUACCGAAGCAAAUGCGCACUUUCGAUGAGAGUCAAAAAUCUAAAAAGACUGUCGCUAGUAUGAUUGAGAGGAAAGAUGAUAAAGAUGAUAAAAAACAAGGUAAAAAGAAGAAAGCGAAUAACUGUAAUGGGGAUUAUCCUACAAAAAUUCAAGAUGUUCCAAAACAGGAAUUACCGAAACAGCAAGUGCAACAUAACGGGCAACUUGAUGAGGAAACAUUGAUCGCCAAUCGCAUGAAGCUCGCUCAAAAAAUGGCAGGGCAAAAGAAAAAAGCUGACAAACAGAAAAGUCCAAAACCUGAGAAAGCUGGUAAGAAACCGCGCAUCUGGGAACUGGGUGGCACAACCAAGGAUCUUGCUACGCUAGAGCGAACUAAAGAUAAGCCCGAAGAGAAUGAUGAAUAUGUGGCAGCCAAUACAACUCUAGUUGGACAAAUGAAAGGUAGUAUACGCGACCUUGAAGUGAACAGCGAAUCUGAAGACAGUUCUGAUCAGGAAGAGAUAGAGCAAUCCAAACAGCAAGUGCAAAAAAAAACAAGUAUGUUCUCUAUGUUCAAGAGUCUGGUCGGCAGCAAAUCUCUAAAGCAGGAUGACAUGUUGCCGGUUUUGGAGAAGCUGAAGGAUCAUUUAAUCACUAAGAAUGUCGCCGCGGAUAUCGCGCAGAAGUUAUGCGAUUCUGUCGGCACUAAGCUGGAGGGAAAGAUACUUGGCACUUUCGACAGCGUGGCAAACACCGUAAAGACCACCUUAACAGACGCUCUGGUACAAAUACUGUCACCCAAGAGAAGAAUCGAUAUUCUACGAGACGCUUUAGAAGCGAAGAAGAGUAGCAAGCCUUAUGUGAUGACUUUCUGCGGCGUUAAUGGGGUCGGCAAGUCAACAAAUCUGGCAAAAAUCUGUUUCUGGUUAAUAGAAAAUAAUUUUCGCGUGUUGAUAGCCGCAUGUGAUACAUUCCGAGCUGGUGCUGUUGAACAAUUGAGAACGCACAUGCGACAUUUGAACGCUCUACAUCCACCAGAGAAACACGGAAAUCAAUCGAUGGUGCAACUGUAUGAGAAGGGUUACGGUAAGGAUGCCGCGGGCAUCGCCAUGGAAGCAAUACGCUUCGCGAAGGAUUCCAGGAUUGAUGUUGUCCUGGUCGACACUGCCGGUAGAAUGCAGGAUAAUGAACCGCUAAUGCGAGCUCUGGCAAAGCUGAUUAAAGUAAACGAGCCAGACUUAGUAUUAUUUGUUGGAGAAGCUCUUGUUGGCAAUGAGGCUGUAGAUCAGCUGGUGAAAUUCAAUCAGGCUUUGGCUGACUACAGUCAAUCCGCCAAUCCUCAUAUUAUCGAUGGUAUUGUGUUGACAAAAUUUGAUACAAUUGACGAUAAGGUUGGAGCAGCUAUCACAAUGACAUAUAUUACUGGUCAACCUAUUGUUUUCGUUGGAACCGGCCAAACUUAUACUGAUCUGAAAUCAUUGAAUGCUAAAGCGGUGGUACAUGCAUUGAUGAAGUGAAAAAUAUUACGAGCAAUAAUAUUAUGUUUACAAGUAUCCUACCUGUAACAUAUAUAGAUUUUAUUCGAGCUUUGUUAUACAUUGAUAUUAUAGUCGGAGUUUUUAUAUUCGGGACUGAGUUAAAUUGUUAAACGAAAUCGAAAUGAGACUAAAGGAAAAAUUAAUAGACUAACUCGGGCCUGAUAAGUAAAUAUAAAAACUCGACUGUACAAAAUUUUGCGAAGACGAAUCGUGCUGUUGUUACGAAAACAAAAAAAUCUGAUACUAGGGAAAGGAAAAAAGACUGCGCUCUCAAUUGGCGAUGUGUUAAAUUACUUCAAACGAUUGUAUUUGUCAAAUAAAGUUGGAUAUUUCACAGUUUAAAAA